AUGGCAUCGCCAAGAGGAGCACUCAUGGAGGUGCUCAGAGGCCAGUCAACUGAAGGACUGAAGCUCAGGUCCAACGUGGUCCGAGUCUUUGUCAGCUCCACAUUUACAGGAAAACAAUUUGAGGUGCUGCUGUCCAAGCUACCACAGGACCAAGUGGGGCUUCUCCACCAAUGGUUCAGGAAAGACAACAAUGCUGUUCCGCCCGUCUACGUUCUUCAGCCAAUCACAACUCUGUUGCCCCACUACAAUGACCUUCAGCCUGAGAGAAGGCCGCUGCAGGAUGACAGUGUCAUUUCCUGGCGCUACACAGAGGCUCGAUUAUUGCAGCUCCUACGCACUGCGGCCGUGCAGGCUGAAGAAGACGGGGAUAUAACUGUAGAACAAAAACACCAGUUCUUCAAAUCUGUGGCGGAGCAUGAGAUAGAGGAGGGUCUGCGAAUGCCAGAUGGGGACGAGAGCGAGCCCUCCGCCAUCCUCUUCGUGCGGGAGCUACCUCACUUGCGUAAGAAGGACGGCCUGAAGCGGCUGGCCCAGUACAUGGAUGUGACGGCUGAUGGCCUGCUGGAUACCGAGGCUCAGGACCUCCUCUCAGGCCUCAAGUCGCGUCUCUUCACUGCCUCGCCGGGCAUCCUCAACCUGCACAGUGUGGAGUUGUGCAAGGGAGCCAUCGAGCCCAGCUGCAAGGAGCAUGCCCAGUACCUGGAGAGCCUCUGCGAGCAGCUCGUGUCCCAGACGAAGGCCCGCAUUGCCAGGAGGGUUGGUGCUGGUUCGUCAGUGGAGGCUGGUGCAGUGAUGACGAAUGGGGCAAGAGGAGGAGAUGCAAGUCAGAGGAAGGGGGAAGAGGACAGAGGCUGGCUGCUCCAGGAGCUUAGUCACCACAUGGCUUUGAGUGCCGGGAAGUGUUCGAGCGUGUUUCGCGGCAGGGAGGGGCUCCUUGGGAAGAUCUGCCUGGCCAUGUGGGAACACACCAACACCCGCCACGCGCCCCUGGUGGUGCAUGGGCCACCGGGUGUGGGCAAGACAACGCUGCUCUGCAAGCUGGCACAGGAGAUGCGUGGCCUCCUGGACCCCAGGGCUGUGGUGGUGCUCAGGUUGCUGGGGACGUCGGCAGAGAGCUCCGACCUGGGCCGUGUCCUCCAGAGUGUCUGUUUCCAGAUCUGCUCUGUGUUCAGUUUGUCGCCUCCCACCCCAAUAACAGCACACACGCGUGAGGACCUGGUGAGGUUUUUCCAUGGCCUUCUAGCUGAGGUGUCGGAGCGAGGAGACACACUUCUUCUCAUACUAGACUCCCUGGACCAAUUGUCCUCGGCCACCCAGGGCCAGAAACUCCACUGGCUACCCAAAGACAUCCCCCCCAAUGUCCAUUUGGUGGUGUCCACCGCAGACACAGGCUCUCCAGUUUUGGCUAACCUUCGGAGAACAGUCGAGGUGCCGGGAAAUUUCUUUGAAGUAGAACCCCUAUCAUGUGACCAGGGUAGAGAGAUCAUGGAUGCCUACAUGAGGGAAGCGCAACGAAGCCUGACUCCAGAACAGUGUGAAGUGGUACUGUGUAGCUUUCAGCUGAGUGGAAAUCCUCUGCAUCUGAAGCUACUGCUGGACAUGGCCAGGCGAUGGGCGUCCUAUACCCCCGUGACUGACCUUGCCCUGAGCAGUAGUGCACAGGAAGUGAUGUCACAGCUACUCCAGGCCCUUGAGGAGAGGCAUGGGAAGCAACUGGUUGGCGCAGCUUUGGGAUAUAUCGUCUCUGCUAGGGGUAGUCUAUCAGAGGCAGAGCUGCGUGAUAUCUUGUCCCUUGAUAACAAUGUCCUGGCUGAAGUCUACCAGUACUGGCUUCCCCCCAACCACUCCCUCAUCCGCCUCCCCCCUCUACUGUGGGUGCGCCUCAGGCACGACUUGGGAGAACUCCUCGUGGAGGGACAGGCCAAUGGCGUCACGGUGCUCGACUUCCACCACAAGCUGUUGACUGAAACUGUGCGAGAGAGGUACCAGAGGUCAGAGCAGCAGGCUGACAGACACAGGGUCCUUGCUGAGUACUUCUUGGGUAGAUGGAGCCAAGGCCUAUUCAAAGCUGUCCUCCUACCUCCACUGACGACCACAUUGGACGCUGACCGCAAGGUGCCCCCUCAGCCCCUGUGGUUCGCUGAAGGAGUGGCAAAUGUCAAAAAGCUGCAGGAGCUGCCCUACCACCUCCUCCACGCAGGCCUCUGGGAGGAGCUGCGCCAGGAGGUCAUUGGCAGUAGUGAGUGGCUGUACUGUAAGACUCUGACCUGUGGCGUGGCCAGUGUCAUUGAGGACCUGACCCUCUGCACCGAGCUCAUGGACUGCCCCGAGACUCAACUGAUCCGAGACACUUUCAUUCUCCUCAAGCCCACCCUGGACUUUCUAGAUGGACAGAUGGACCCCUCCCUCUUCUACACAGAGGUCUUGGCCAGGCUCCACUCCUUCGCUGAGAUGUACCCUUCACUGAUAGGACGACUCUGCUGCCAGUGUCACGACUGGCUCUCGUGCUGUCCCGACCCCAUCCUUGUCCCCAAGUGCGCCUUCCUCCAGCCUCCAGGGGGAGCGCUAAAGACAACGCUCGCUGGUUUCCAGAAAGGGAUCACAGCUCUGGAUAUUUGCCCAGAGAGAGGGAUCCUGCUGGCAGGCUCAGAGGACGGGAAGGUGAUUGCCUGGGACCUCAAUGAUCUAGAGGUCAUCCAAACCUUAGUGGGACACACAGCUAAGGUGCUAUCCGUGAGAGUGAUUGACAGCGGCGCUCACUGUCUCUCAUUGGCUGCUGAUGGGAGUCUGAGGAAGUGGAGCCUGCUGAGUGGCAGGCAGCUGUACUGUACCCAGGAGGCGGUGUCCAUUAACUCCUUACCUUCCACCACACACAUCCAUGUGUCUGAGGAGAGGGCGCUUGUCUUCACCCACUCUGGAGGCCAAAGCUUCCUGGAUCUGCACCAUGAGGACACGGUGUUGUGUGCCUGUGUGUCGAGCGACAGCAGAGUGGUCGUCUCGGGCUCUGAGGACCAGACAAUACGGGUGUGGUCUAUAACCACGGGAAACCUCCUUGACUCUUUCCUUGGCAUGGAUGCCCCUGUCACCACUCUGGCUCUGUAUGAGGGCACUGUCGUCUCCGCCUCCUCCUCAGCCUACUACCUGAAGCUGUGGCAUCUGCCCUCACCCAACGACCCUCAGCAGAGACCCAAAGGCUGUAUUCCAGCCGGAUGCCCUCAGGUUGCCCUCACUAAAGAUGGCUCUUCCACUGACACCAUGGCCGUCUCUGCUGAGGUGUGCUGCCUAGAGCUGGCCCAGCACAAUAAACUCCUCUUCUGUGGCCUCACGACUGGCACGGUCCUCAUCUACCCCCUAGCCUUCCCCAAAGAGACCCUGUGCAUCCCACCUCCUGAGACCCUGCCCACGGUGCGCUGCAUGGCCAUCGGCGGCCAGGAGAAGCACAUGGCCGUGGCCUACGAGGACUCAGUGUGUCUGUUCGAGAUCACGGCCAGGGACAGUUUCCCCAGCGUGGAGGGGCCCGCCGCGAGGUUUGCCCUCUCCCUGCUCCACUCGCCCGUCUCCUCCAUGGCCCUGCUCCCAGACUGUAGGCUGCUGUAUGGGACGGCCUGCGGGGAGGUCACCAUGUACGACUUCAAGUCCACCUCAACCGCCACCCUGGAUGGCCACCGCAGCAGGGUCAACUGCGUGACGACCAGCAACUGGGGGACGCACGCCCUGGUGGGCUCAGAGGACGCCGUGCAGAGGCUGUGGGGGCUGACCCCCCUGGUGCUGGAUCACACCAUGGAGUACAAGGGGUUCUUGUUUGAAGGGGUUCUCUGUGCAGCGUUCUCUGAGAGUGACAAGCACGUCUUCACUGGAUCACAGGAUAGAACUAUUAAAGUCUGGGAUGUUGCUAGUGGGAGUCUGUUAUUUGUCCAGUAUGUCUACGCUCCUGUCACCAAAAUGUUGACCUACAGGAAUGGCUUCGUGGCAAUUUCCCAGCUGGGCUACGUCAUCAAGGAAGGAUUCCGCUGUCCGGAUGACGUCUGUCCGGAAUACAACCCACUCCGGAACAUCAACGCACACUACAGGGUCACGUCCCGGCAGAAGAGUGCAGACAGCCCUCACAGCGUCAUCACAAAGAUCCCUGAGUACAAUCCUGCUCAGUUUAACUUCAUGGCCCUGAUGCUCAAGAGCAAACCCUCUCACUCAUGCCAACUGUUGUAA